UGUUUCUGUUUCCUUUAUUUUCUUAUAAUUAAUAUAAUUAACUUAUAAACAGAAUUUCAAGCAAUUUCUUUUCCCGUUUAACAUCUUUUUCAAACUUUCGCGCACGAUUUCUUCUCUUUUCCCAAGUUGCUAUAUUACUACGCGCUAAGAUAAAUAUGUCACAGUAUUCGCUAAUCGUGUUCUUUAAUGUAUCAGCUAAAAUUUCGAAGAAACAAGAUUCAAUUUCUAAAAGAAUGGAUUUAAUAUUUGUAAUAUUCCAAUACAAUAUACUCGGAAGCUAAAUAAAUAGUUGUUUUUUCUACUUUAAGCUUAUAUUAACGCACUAUCUUCUUUGAACACGGAAUUGGAGUAGUUGUUAGGUCUAUUCUUGUAACUAAGGUAGUUUUACUGCGCGGCUCCGAAGCGGAAUAAACCCCUUAAAACGAAUCCAAACUGUUGGAUGUUUCGAUGUAUUACUUGGAUCCCUUGCUAUGUUGGAAGGGGAUGAAAGACUCAGCUGGUGAUAUUUUCCACCGGCAAUGGGCUGUUUAAACACCAAACUGGUGCCGGAAUCUCCACCAAGUCAACGAUCUCUUAAUUAUGUGUACCAUGGCCCACAAAAUAUAUAUAAAAGCAAUUCUAACUAUACAAACCACCACAAACCUAAAGAAAAGAAAUGUGGAAACAAACAAUGGCAACAUUCUCAACCACAACAGUCCGGCAACAAUAUUCAAGACACACCUCGACACAAUAAAAGAGUGGAGAAAUAUAUGGCCACUUUUGACAAUCGAGUGACCGCUAAAUAUGAUAUAAAAGCACUAAUUGGCAGAGGGAGCUUCAGUAAAAUCGUUCGUGUUGAACACAAAAUUACUAAACAGCCCUAUGCUAUCAAAAUGAUUAAUCGAACUGAAGGACGUGAAGUAUUUGAGUCAGAACUUAAUGUUUUGCGUCGAGUUAGACACCCUAAUAUAAUACAACUUGUUGAAGUUUUCGAAUGCAAGCAGAAAGUUUAUAUGGUGAUGGAACUGGCUACGGGUGGAGACCUGUUGGAUAGAAUUAUCGGAAAAGGAUAUUUUUCCGAAGCAGAUGCUAUAACUGUUUUAAAGAUGGUUUUUGAAGGGGUGCGUUAUUUGCACAGUCUUGGAAUAACACACAGGGACCUUAAACCGGAGAACUUGCUUUAUUAUCAUCCUGGAAACGAUUCCAAAAUUAUGAUUACAGACUUUGGGUUAUCCGCAACGCGUAAAGGUCCUGAUAACUGGAUGAAUACGGCUUGUGGAACUCCGGAAUACAUCGCACCUGAAAUUUUGGCUCGCAAGCCAUAUACUUCUCAGGUAGAUCUUUGGGCAGUUGGGGUUAUCACCUUCAUCUUACUCAGUGGAGAGAUGCCCUUUGAAGAAGAUAAUAAAACCAGGCUAUUUCGGUUAAUUUUGAAAGCAAAGUAUAACUAUGCUAGGGAGUUAUGGAAGCACGUCUCAAAUAUGGCCAAAGAUUUCAUUGAUAGACUACUUGUGUUAGAACCAAAGGAAAGAAUGACCUCAAGCCAAGCGAUAGCUCAUGCAUGGCUCAGGAGUCACGGCAACCAAUCAAGUUAUCGAAAUUUGCAGCAUACUAACAGUUCUAACAGUACGCAAUCUAGUAAAAGUAGUAACAAGUCCAAUCGUUCAGGUCGGUCGUUACGCUCAGAACACAGACAUGUUCAUCCAGAAGAGAUUGAAGAACUGCACAGAGACCCAGAAAUUCUGGCAGAUAUAGCAUCAAUGGGUUAUUAAUACAAGAACACUCUUUUUUUUUUUUUUUUAUGAAACCUUUGAACAAUAGUAGCUUGUUAUAUACCAACAACAUCUUGCAUUCUCUCUACUCACUGGCACCAAAGCAAAAUAUUUCUAAAAUAAGGCUGUUGGUUGAAAGUAUAAAAUAUUUCAUCUUGAAGGAAAAGACAGUUUAUUAUUCUUUCUUUUGGAAUAUGAAAGAAAACAAAAGGUGGAAAACAAAAUCAAAAGGAGGAGAAAAUAUUUAAUAAGAGGAAAAUCUAACAGUUUUGUUUUGUAUUUUUUUUUUUUAAAGAGAGGGUUUUUUUUUUAAAGUUACUCAAACCUAAAUAUAUUCAUGGUAUACACACACUGUCUCCUCCUUUUUACAGAGGUGUGAUCCUCGGAAGACAAACCUAAAACUAGUCACAUGUUUCAUUUUAGAGAAUUUUUUCCUGAAAUUACUUCUCAUGUGUGUGUCUGUGAAAGAAAGAAA